GAUAAUUAUACCAAUUAACUUUCUCUAAAAUUAUGAAUUCCAGAACCAGCAUAGAAGCAUAUCAAAACCCCCCACCCCCCAAUUAACCCAUUUACGACAUAUAUAUCAUCUUUCCACGUACCAUGUUUAAAUCUCAAAAACAUUAAGACAUCCUUAAACUUGAAAGCUAUACAUGGAUGAGUUCAUUUCUCUGAUCCUUCAUGGAGUCAAGUUAGCUAAAGAUCUUGAACCAAGCCUACAAAACUUAGCUACCCAACAGGACAUGCUUUCUAAGUUGGAUGAAAUCAUUAGGGUUUUCAUUACUGCUAGGAAAAUGUUGAAUGCUCAAGACUCAAGUUCGCACCAUCAAAUGCUGUUUCGUGAACUGCAGCAGCAACCUAAUCAGGUUGAUCAAACCAUACAGGAUUGGCUAAGGACCAAAUCAAUUAUGGAGUUGUUUCAAACGCAAGCACCGUUGCUAGAGAAAAAGUCAUCUCCAGGUGGUGGGAUAGAUAUUGAUACUGUGCCGACAGAAUUGGGUGGCAGCACAGGUGUUCAGGCAAUGGCUUCAUCAUCAUUGCAAAGACCUCGAAGAAGGAAGGAUGAUGGAGAGAAACGGACGAUGAGGGUACCUGCUCCAAGGAUGGGAAAUACUGAAAUCCCACCUGAGGAUGGUUACACUUGGAGGAAAUAUGGUCAGAAAGAAAUCUUAGCAUCAAAUUACCCUCGGGGCUAUUACAGGUGCACCCACCAAAAAUUGUAUCAUUGUCCUGCCAAGAAACAAGUGCAAAGACUAGAUGAUGAUCCCUACACCUUUGAAGUUACCUACCGGGGAGAUCAUACUUGCCACAUGUCUUCUACAGCACCAUCUAUUCCUCCACCUCCAGAAUUUUCACAGGAGAUGAUGCAGACGAUGGCUGCCCAUCAUCCUCCACCGUGGCUGGAAUUUAGUUUGGGUGCUGGAGGAAGCGGUGGCAGUAGCAGCAGCACAGGUGCAGGUCCCUCCACGACGACGACCACGGUCCAUGAAUUUCCUGUAGCAGAUUUGGCUGAUGUUAUGUUUAACUCUGGGAGCAGCAGUACCAACAGCAUGGAAUUGAUCUUCACUUCCAUGGAGGAUAAAUGGGACCGAGGGGACAAGAAUAAUUAAUCACUAUUAUUGGUGGCAUGAAGCUCCUCUUUUUGCAAGAGAUAAUUAUUUUUAACAGCAAAUACUGUUUUAAUCUGUGGGGGAGGGGGGGAAUGGUUAAUUAAUUCGAACUAUAUUAAUUUAUUAGCAAAAUUCCAUUAAUAUGCCAAUCCCGAUUUUGUUUAAAAGUACCAGAUCAAAUUUUGUAAUCGUAGUAUUAUUUUGAUGGAUGAGUUUCACUUGAAA